GUCCUAAUUUGGUGCCCAACCCGAGGUCGGGCUGUACCAUUGUCACACGGGGCAGAAGCUACCACCAAGCGACAAGAACCAAAAGCGCUGGCGAGAGAUGUAUGGAGAGUCAAGGGGCCUCGAUUGAUAUUUUGUCACUUCAGGCCAUCUACAGAUCUCAGCAGUCCCAGAGUGAAAUCGCCCCGGAGAUCUGAACGUCGCUCAUCUCUUCCUCCCCGGUCCUUCCCGAGAUGGUCCCUCCCGGAAGUGCUGGUGGAGACUCCGGCUGCGCCUCUCGCAAAAGGGCAGGCGUCGCGGGGCCGGGCACUUCCGCACUUCCGCUUUCCGGUCCAGACAGCGCCCGCGAUGACUGCCACUCUCCGCCCUUACCUUAGUGCCGUGCGGGCCACGCUGCAGGCUGCCCUCUGCCUGGAGAACUUUUCCUCCCAGGUCGUGGAACGACACAACAAGCCAGAGGUCGAAGUCAGGAGUAGCAAAGAGCUCCUAUUGCAACCUGUUACCAUCAGCAGGAAUGAGAAGGAAAAGGUUCUGAUCGAGGGCUCCAUCAAUUCUGUGCGGGUCAGCAUUGCUGUCAAACAGGCUGAUGAGAUUGAGAAGAUUUUAUGCCAUAAAUUCAUGCGCUUCAUGAUGAUGCGAGCAGAGAACUUCUUUAUCCUUCGAAGGAAACCUGUGGAGGGGUAUGACAUCAGCUUUCUCAUCACCAACUUCCACACGGAGCAGAUGUACAAACACAAAUUGGUGGACUUUGUAAUCCACUUCAUGGAGGAGAUUGACAAGGAGAUCAGUGAGAUGAAGCUGUCGGUCAACGCCCGGGCCCGCAUUGUGGCUGAGGAGUUCCUCAAGAAUUUUUAAACCAUCUGGCUGGAUCUCGCCGCCUUCCCCCUUGGCUUCCCCUGUGUCUCUGCGUGUCUGCGAAGAUGUCCUGGAGUCACUCCCCGGAGCAGUGGUGCAGCAGCAGCAGCAACAGCAGGAAGCUGGGUUGGGUGGGCAUUGGAUGCGGGAGGUGUGCUUGCUAGCUGUGCAGAAAGGCAGCAGUGGACCUGCCCCAUGCCCCACAUGUCUGGUCAGGCUGGCUUCUGAUAUUCAGUCCCCUGGGCUGGGACAGACUUUUUUUUUUUUUUUUUUAACGUCUUGAAACCUAAACUCUGUGCUUGUAGAAGACUGUACCCUUUUUGUCUUUUUUCCUUUAAAAGCAACCUCCACCUCCAGUGGCUGUGACUGGCCCCAGUGAUUGUACCUUAUUGGUCGCUGUGGUCUGGGCGGGCCUGGAGCCAAAAGGCGACUAUUUUUCCUGUGCCACCCCAGGUGGGGAGAGAGGGAAGUUUCAGAUUCCGGUUUCUCUUCCUUGCUGUCUUACUCACAAGUUUCCUUGGGCCCUGUCGAGGUGGUGAGGCCCUUUGCUAGCCUCCUGAGUCCUGCCUGAGAUGGCCACUGCACAGGUUGGGAACAAGGGCUGAAUCCAUGAUUGCCGGGCAGGCCUAGGAGCUGGGACCCAGAAGCCAGGCCAUAUCUGGCUGCAGGGGCUACCUGGUGUCCCCCCAACACUCUCCCAGCUGAGAGGCCCCAAGGCUUGCCUGUCUGGGUACAGUGCCUGUGCUGGAGGUACAGAGGUGAGUCCUUGAGCACCCAGCUGGGUCUUGCCUGCUCUGGCUCCUCUGCUCCCACGCUCGCUGUUUCUGAUUCUAAUGAAUCCUCCCUUCUCCUAAUUAAAGUCUCUUCCUGCCCUUUUAGGGCUGCAUGA